AUGAUGUAAUGAUUUUAAAUUAAUAGUUAGGAUAAAAAACUAAUAAGACUUUGGAGCAACUUAAGAAAUAUAUUAGAGAUUCAUUAUUUUAAGAAUUUAUAGUAUACAAAUAAAACUUUAGUAAAUAGAAAAUAGAUUAUUUAGUUGAACGUAAAAUUGAUUGUGUUGAUAAUCUUGAUGUAAAAGGUUACAUCCUUUAACCAAAGAUGA